AUGAAUCAGAAACUUGAUUUUGGGGAGCUUGACGACAUCCUUCAGCUGCACAUAGAGCCACGACAGGGUUUGGAGAAUGUGUUUGGAGAUGAGCUGACUGAAGACCUUCAUCUUCUUUUGCAGAACCAAAAAACAAAAGAACAGAUUGAAAGCCUGCUACAGAAUGGAAACCACAAAGAGUUACGGGAUCGUCUCUGCUGCAGGCUGAGCUUUGGGACUGCCGGGCUUCGCUCUGCGAUGGGAGCAGGUUUUUGCUACAUCAAUGAUCUCACGGUGAUCCAGUCCACGCAGGGAAUCUACAAGUAUCUCGAGAGGUGUUUUCCAGACUUUAAGCAGAGAGGCUUUGUUGUUGGAUAUGACACACGAGGUCAGGUGACCAGCAACUGCAGCAGUAAGAAACUCGCAAAGCUCACUGCGGCGGUCCUGCUGGCUAAAGAUGUGCCUGUACACUUCUUUUCAACGUAUGUCCCUACGCCGUUUGUGCCCUAUGCUGUUCGGCAGCUCAAAGCUGUGGCUGGGGUGAUGAUCACAGCAUCCCACAACCGGAAGGAGGACAACGGAUACAAGGUUUACUGGGAGAAUGGAGCACAGAUCACCUCUCCCCACGAUAAGGAAAUUAUAAAAUGCAUCGAAGAGUGUGUUGAACCAUGGAAAGACUCUUGGAAUGAGAAUCUAGUAGACACCAGUCCCCUUAGACAGGAUCCUCUGCAGAAAAUUUGUGACUGUUACAUGGAGGAUCUGAAAAAGAUCUGUUAUCAUAGGGAGCUAAAUGAGCAAACGAAUUUGAAGUUUGUUCAUACUUCUUUUCAUGGAGUUGGACAUGACUAUGUGCAGUCGGCUUUCAAAGCAUUUGGCUUUCAGCCCCCCAUUCCAGUACCUGAACAAAAAGAUCCAGAUCCAGACUUCUCUACUGUCAAAUGCCCGAAUCCUGAAGAGGGAGAAUCUGUGCUGGAGUUGUCACUGAGGCUUGCAGAGAAAGAAAAUGCUAAAGUAGUGGUGGCCACUGAUCCAGACGCAGAUAGACUAGCGGUGGCGGAACAGCAGGAGAGCGGCUGCUGGAAGGUGUUCACUGGCAAUGAGCUGGCAGCUUUGUUUGGGUGGUGGAUGUUUUCUUGCUGGAAGGAAAAUUGCUCCGAAGAUGCUGAUGUGAAGAACGUUUACAUGUUGGCGACUACGGUCUCCUCAAAAAUUCUGAGGGCAAUUGCACAUAAAGAGGGAUUUCACUUUGAAGAAACACUCCCUGGUUUUAAAUGGAUUGGAAGUAGAGUAAAAGAUCUCCUAGAUAACGGAAAAGAAGUUCUCUUUGCCUUUGAAGAGUCUAUCGGCUUCAUGUGUGGCACGUCAGUGUUGGAUAAAGAUGGUGUAAGCGCAGCUGUGGUCAUAGCUGAAAUGGCAACCUACCUGGAGAGCAAGAACCUAACGCUAGCGCAGAAACUCAUUGAGAUAUAUGAAAUGUAUGGAUAUCACAUAUCGAAGACUUCCUAUUUCUUGUGCUACGAUCCUUCUACUAUCAAAAGGAUAUUUGAGAAACUUCGGAACUUUGAUGCCCCUCAGUCUUAUCCAAAGUUUUGUGGUAUUUACAAUAUAUUACACGUACGAGACAUUACCACUGGCUAUGACAGCAGCCAGCCAAACGAGAAAUCGGUGCUGCCAGUGAGUAAAAGCAGUCAGAUGAUCACUUUUACGUUUCAAAACGGUUGUGUUGCCACCCUUCGGACAAGUGGAACAGAACCAAAGAUCAAGUACUACGCCGAGAUGUGCGCGCUGCCCGAGCAGAGUGACAGAAGCGUGCUGGAAGAAGAACUUCAGAAGCUCAUUGAAGCUUUGAUUGAGAAUUUUCUUGAACCUGAUAAGAACGGACUGAUCUGGCGCUCUGCUUAG